GCAGGCUUUGAAAUUUUGUUUGUCCGACAUGCAGAUUUUUAGUUGAAAAUUUUUCUUCGACAUAGAAACACCAAAAAAACCCUGCUCUAAUUGAAAAUUAAUCAUGGAUAAUACAGAGAAUAAAGCCAUAGAAAAAAACCCAGAUGAAAAAAUAGACAAUCAAAAUCUCUCCACUCAGGAACAAUCAUCUGGUUCCAAUGGCUGUUUUAAUAUCAAUCACCUAAGGAAUCUUGCCAUUGAGAAUGAAAAAAUCAACAACAUUCUAAAAUCAGAGUUUCAACCAAUGCCCACAAAUACAGACACCAAGGCAAAUGAACAGAAUUGCUUCCAUCCGGAACAACCAUCCUGUUCCAAUGGCGGUUUCAAUGCCAAUCAAUUGUGGGCUCUUGCCAGUAUAAAUGAAAAAGUCAACAACAUUUUGAAGUCACCAAAGACGACAGCUGCUUUGUCACCCAAAUCGUCACGUUACAACAUCAGUGCCGAGCCAUUUGUUCCUCAGUGUCAACGAGCCCAUGUAACGGAUACACCAUCGUUCUCUGAAAUGAGAAACAUGCCGACAUCUACUCCCCAUGGCCGUUUAACUGCCAGACCAUUAUUUAUGCAAAUGAGCCCCGCUGCCGUUCAGCAUUAUAAGGGACACGAUAUAACUCCUCCUCGUCCUCAUACAGCAGGUGGUGGUUACAUCUAUCAGAGUGUGCCCAUACAAUUUUCACCCAUUUGCUAUGGGGGCAAUCAUAAAGAUCUCAAUCGCAUGUUUCCACAACCUAUGCCACCUCCACCUCCAUUUGCUUCAAAAGCUUUGGGUGCCACAGGAUAUGAAUCGCAUAAGGAUUGUUCGACACCAGCCUCUUUAGGUGUUUCAAGACCUAUAGCCAUGGCCAAUGGAACAAUACAGCUAAGAUUACGUGAUGGAGUGCGCAUUGAUAUGACCCUGGAUAAAUCAAUUAGGGUUUUUAAUGAGCGUACCAUGGUGGCCAUAGGAUUAUCUCGCAACUAUACUGCCUCGGCUUUCAUCCAUCCCAAUGGCAGAAUACUACAGACAGGUACUAAAGUCGAUAUAGUUACCUAUGAUGCCAUGGAGAAAAACAAUUAUGUGCGCUAUGCCAAAAUGUGGUACAAAGGCAUAAGUUUCACCUCAGAUGUUUGUGCCUUGGUUUAUCUAGUCGAUACAGCGGGAACUCGCACAACUACAGACACUUUUACAGAUCUUACCAAGGACUACACUUUGGCUGUGUUCUACGAAAAUACUCGUCAUGGACCUACAUACUAUCAGGAAGCUUGUGAUGUUAUUCAACAGGGUCUUUAUCAUUGUAACGAGGAUGGUGCUGAAAUUUAUGAUCUAAAUGGCUUCCGCAUAUUUCAAGGUGCUGAUGGCCUUGUCAAAAUUACUCGCCCCAACAAUAAAUGCCUUAUUCGCACCAGCCCCGGUAAUGGUUCAGCAACAUUAACAACUUCGGCAAUACAUUGCACUGCAUCCUUGGGCAGUAAUUCACAUCUCUUUGUAAGACGCAAUGAGAAACGCAUGCACUUCGAUGGCAACUCCUUUAUAUGUCGCAAUGCAGGUCACUCGGCCGGUUUCAAUGAAAAUAAUUUAUUAGUCGUUAACUGAAAUAUCCAUAGCUGUAGUAGAAUAAGGAAUCGAUCAAUCCAGCAGUAACAUAACUCGUACCAGUUAUACCAAGUUGGGUUUGUAGUUUGCAGUUUCAGUUCCAAUGUGCCCGUCCAGCAGUUAUCAGGUUCCCAGUUACAACAUUCAAUGGUAAAAUUUAUCUUCAUUAGCAUGAUUUGUUUAAAUUUAUUGUUGUAAUAAUACAAUGGACAUUUUCAUAGUGAAGUGUGUGAAGUAUAAUUGUUCUGCAAAAAGUACAACUAACGAUUAGUGAAAGAAAUUCAGUGAGAUUUAUGUUACCUGUAGAUCGUUUUCCUGUAUUCAUCUAUUUUAUUUUUCAAUUAUUUGUAAUGGUUUUAAUAAAGAAUUUGUUCUCAAAA